UGAAGUUUUACUACUUUUCGAAUGCGUUUUUCUCCAACUACUGGUACCCUAGUCGCCAUCUUGACAGUGCCUGUGUCAGUGACUUGGGCCUGUACAACAGUGGCUGUUUCCAAAGAGGCGUCCAGCACGGGUGUGGCCAUGGUGGCUCAUUCGGCUGAUUGCUUCAUUUGUGACUCCAGAGUUGCUCUGGUCCCUGCUCGUGACCACAAGGAAGGUGACCAGCAUGAUGUUUUUGGUAUCAAUCAGCCCUAUCCUAGGGUCUACAACAAUCGUGCCGCUAUCUAUUUGCCCCCUGCUGGUAAGAACUUCACUAAGCCUAGUGCUAGGAUCCCUGAGGUCACUCGAACCUACGGUAUGUGGGAGUCUAACUAUCCCCUUAUGAACGAGGAGGGCCUCACAGUAGGGGAGUCCAGUACGAGCUCUAAGGUCCCUGGCGGAUCCGGUGUCGAUCUUGCUGAUCCUAAGACUGGUAAGUACGGUGAGGCUAAGUUCAGCAUCAAAGAGCUCAUCCGUAUCGGGCUGGAGAGGUGCUCAACGGCCGAGUGUGCCAUCAAGGAGAUGGGCAAUACCGCUGUGAAGUACGGCUUCUAUCCUGAGACUGUUGCUGCUGGUGAGUCACUUACCAUCGCAGACACUAACGGCUCUACUUGGGUGUUCGACAUCAGUCAUGACUCUACCGGUAAAUCGGCUAUUUGGGCGGCCCAAAGGGUCCCUGCUGGCCAUGUGGCUGCUAUUGCCAAUCAGUAUACUAUUAGGGAGAUUGACGAGAACGACCCGAAUAACUUCAUGUUCUCUCCGAAUGUGAAGUCAGAGGCUCUCAAGCUUGGCUUUUGGGACGGCAAGAGUCCCUUUAGUUUCAUCGGAGCUUACGGUGUGAACACUAUCAAGCCCAGUUACACUAGCAUCAGGCUGUGGGCCAUCUACAACCUAGUGGCACCAAACUCUGGCCUGGAGUUCAACAUUGAUCCCUUCAAGUUACCUUUUUCGGUGCCUGCUGAGAAGUCCAUCACUCGUGAAGAUCUGAUGAACAUCUUCAGGACCAGCUACGAGGACACCCCAUUUGACCUGAACCAGGGCAUCCUGGCUGGUGUCUAUCAUAACCCGUACAGGAUUGAGGGUGGUGAUGGUAUGACUCAGGUGCCCGGUGAGAUCGCUAGAGGUAUCUCCAUACCUCGUACAACGUACAGUAUAAUAGGUUACCCAGACCCGGCUAAUCCCGUUGUUUUCUAUGGUACUGAUCAGCCUAGUUCUAGUGUGUUCGUACCGUUCCUCGCCAAAACUCUGAAGGAGGCUUCUGCUAGCGAUCUCGAGGGCAGUAAGAAGUUGUACUCUUCCUAUUAUCAGCUGGGGAAUAGGGCCAACUUCAGCACUGCAAGGGACAGUGCUUGGUGGGCCUUCGACUUCCUUUCCAACUGGAUGAACAUGAACUACCAGAACAUGUCUCAGCAGUACGUGAAGCCGGCCAUAGCUGAAUGGCAACCUAAAAUGAUCGCUGCUGCUGAUGCGGCCACAACAGCUGGAGCACUCGAUGCUCAGACCUCAGUGGUGAAGGCCUGGUGGGACCUAUCUGACAAGCUCGUUGUUCGCUACAACGACGGUUACUAUAGUUUCCCAGAAUCUGAUCCCGAGAAAGUUUUUUACAUGGGGUAUCCCGCUGACUACUUGGCUCAGAUCGGUUUUAAUAAAGACUAUAUUUACCCUAAGUACGUCCAAGCCGCUGGGACACCGGUGCAUGCUGAUACUAGGGUCGAUCGAGUUGGAAUGUCGUUCUGGUCAGUCGCUGUAGCGGUGGUCGUAGCGCUCUUGGUGGGCGUCCUUGCUGGGCGUGUAUCGACUAGGCGCUCCGUGAUGGCCGAUACUCAGAAGAGUUUGUUGGCAUCAGAACACUGAACGACCUAAUGUUCGUGUUCGUGGUUUUUUAGUGAGAUGCGCGUCAUCCGGUACCAAUUUUUCACAAUGAGAGCAAAAAAUUUUUCCUCUGUAACUUAGAAUCUGCCAUGGCCAGGUUACUUAUCCUCUACAACAACUGAAAUCGCUACACCAUUGUCGACUACUACCACAACUUGUUUCUGCUCACAAUGGUUUGUACCCUACAGUCCAGCUGCUUAAUCGUUUAACUAUCGAUCGGCUUGGCCGAGACAACGAAAAUUGCAGCUCUUUACC